AUGCGCAGUGGGGGAGCGCGGGGCGCCCAGACGGACGGCGCGACUCCGCUGCCUGUGGUGGAGCGACGGCGAGGACAGCCAGCUGGACACGCUCCUGACGGCCACGUGGAAGCCGAGGCCAUGGCGGACGACGGCCUGGGCGCGGCGUGGAAGCUGUGGCGGCGGCGCCGCUACCUGGUGGCUCUGUUGGCCUUCCUGGGCUUCUUCAACGUGUACGCCCUGCGCGUCAACCUCAGCGUGGCCAUCGUCUCCAUGACGUCCAACAGGACCGACGGCCCCAACAUAAUACUGCCCGGGGGCUGGCUGGCCGGGCGGCUGGGCGGGGCGCGCGUGUACGGCGGCGGGCUGCUGGCCACCGCCCUCCUCACCCUCGUCACGCCGCCCGUGACGCGCGCGGGCGGCGCCCCCUGGCUGCUGGCGCUGCGCGUCGUCGAGGGGCUCUUCGAG